GGUAGAAUCUGCCCGGAAGAGAAAAAUCACGUACUGCAGCGUGAAUCAGGCCAAGAGUCCGAUAGUGAAUCGGUAUUAACCUCGACAGCGGCCGGACCGGAGACAAAGAAACGGUGGACCGACGAAGAUCCAUUGCUUGGCGAGAUUUCACAAACCCUCGAAGAAACUGAGAAAAUCUCACCUAAAAUAGCGCCGAAGCUGGCCAACAUCAUAAACAAGCGUUGGUUGAAAAGCUCACAGAUGAGCAGCUUAAAGAGAAGCAAAAUACACGUAAAUACUUUCGCCCUGAAAAUUGCGAAAGCAUCGUUCCAAAAGUUAAUCCAGAAAUCUGGAGCAAACUUGACCGCGCUACAAAGGGCGUGA